AUGUCCGAAGCCGGCCCCAGUGUUAUGAGAACAUGCACGCCCCCUCCACAGAUACCGACAAAUCUACCACUCACCCCGGAACAAAUUAAGCGAGUCGAGAUAAACCGGCUCAGAGCCAAGGCAAGACAGCGUGAACGCGAAAUAGAGAGAUCCAGCUCCUUAGCUCUCAAUGCCAACAACAAGCGUUCACUCAAUGUCGUCCCCGCAAACUCGACAUCUCCUACCGCGCCCAAGCCACCACCAAAGUUGCAGCGUGACUCCCGUCUUGGGAAAUAUUUUGAAUAUGACCUAUCUAAGAUGGUCAAUUCAAAAGGAGGGUUUCUUGUCGAGGAAGGCAAGGAGGUAGACGAGGAAUUGAGAGCUAAGGAGAAGGAGCGCGAGAGGCAGAGGACUAUGCAAAACUUAGAUCCGCCUAUACACCUUGAUCCCAAGUUAAACCCAAGAUGUAAUCAGUGUCGAUCUGCGGAUAUAGAUCAGACAUACAAGAAGGACUACCUACUCACAGAUGCCGAACUGCGGGAUCAAGACCUCAUGCCUCAUCUAUUAAAAGCAAAUCCGCACAAGUCGACAUUCGCCAACAUGAUGUUGUUCCUCCGAUAUCAGGUCGAGGAAUUCGCAUGGAAGAAGUGGGGAUCGUCAGAAGCUCUAGAUGCCGAGUACGAACGGCGUAUGGCUGAGAAGAAGAAAAAGAAAAACAAGAAAUUUGAAGAAGGGUUGAAGGAACUGAGGAGACGAACCAGGGAGACAGUGUGGCAGAAACGGAAAGAUCAGGAACAUAAUCACGUCUUCGGAGUUGUUGAGAAGGGCGCAGAUGGCGUUGGAAAGCAGGUUUGUCAUGAAUGCGGAUUCACAAUAGACGUGGAGGAGUUUUGA